CCCGGCGUGCGCGGGGGCAGCGGCGCGCAGCGCAUCCCCGGCUGGCGGGCGGCUCCGCUCGGCUCCGCGGGGCUGCGGCGCCAUGGAGGCGGUGGACCAGCUCGCCUCCGCGGGGACUUUCCGCGUGGUGAAGGAGCCGCUCGCUUUCCUCAGGGUGCUCGAGUGGCUUUUUGCAAUCUUUGCAUUUGCAACAUGCGGUGGGUACUCUGGAGGACUGCGCCUCAGUGUGGACUGUGCAAACAAGUCAGAGAGUGACCUCAACAUUGACAUAGCCUUUGCCUACCCGUUCAGGUUGCAUCAAGUGAAUUUUGAUGCUCCCACUUGUGAAGGGAAGCGCCGAGAAAAGCUCUCCUUGAUAGGGGACUUCUCCUCUUCCGCGGAGUUCUUUGUCACCAUUGCGGUCUUCGCCUUCCUCUACUCACUGGCUGCCACCGUGGUUUACAUCUUCUUCCAGAACAAGUACCGUGAAAACAACAGGGGACCUCUAAUUGAUUUCGUUGUGACAGUGGUCUUCUCAUUCUUGUGGCUAGUGGGCUCAUCUGCUUGGGCUAAAGGACUGUCAGAUGUAAAGAUUGCGACCGACCCAGACGAGGUACUAUUACUGAUGUCAGCCUGCAAACAGCAGUCCAACAAAUGCUUGCCUGUUCGCAGUCCCGUUAUGUCGAGCCUGAACACUUCGGUUGUCUUCGGAUUCUUGAACUUUAUCCUGUGGGCAGGCAACAUUUGGUUUGUGUUUAAGGAGACGGGCUGGCAUUCCUCGGGCCAGCGGCACCCUCCGGACACCAUGGAGAAGCAGUCCAGCAGCUACAACCAGGGUGGCUACAACCAAGACAGCUACGGGCCGGCCGGGGGCUACAACCAGCCGGGCUCCUAUGGGCAGGUGGGUGACUACGGCCAGCCCCAGAGCUACGGCCAGAGCGGGCCAACCUCCUUCGCUAAUCAAAUCUAGGGUUUCACGCAGCACAAGCUCUUACAUCCCUCACACACACAGCGUUUAACAGGUCUCAAGUUUCAGCAGCACCAGGUUUUUAAGGGUUUCACACAAAUUAGUACUACAACGCAGUGUUCAAUGUCGAUCGAAGAUCUUGCCCUACCUUCUGAGGUGGAUGGGAGGUGGCCUGUGGCUGGGGCUGACAUUUUUAGCCCCUGACUGAUGUCAGGAUGUGCACAUUGCAGGUGGUGACCUGGAGUCCGUGUUGUAGUAUGUUCUGUAGAGAUAACUUUAUGGUAGUUUUGUAUGUGUUGAGAUGGUAGAAGCAUUUUGUAGCCACAAGUCUGUAGUAUUUAAUAUGCGUAAUAUAACUGAAUUUCCUUCUGCAUUUUGGUGACAAACAGAAGUGUUUUACUGUUAUUUCUACUGAUUAUUCUGUAUAUCCAUGCAUGUAACAUUUUCAAAACUGCCUGUCUGUGACUCUUCAGAGCAUUUGUUUUGAUUAUAUCUUCUGUUUCAUAAGAUUUUACUAUUAUUUCAAUUAACCAUGUCAUCUGUAAUUUAGUGCAUGGAUAAGCAGUUUCAUGCUACCAAAUGUCUGGACUGUGAAAAUGGAACUUCUCAACUUCUGCCACUACACUUUGUUAAAUGUCCGUUUAAAAGAAGUAUGCAUCUUUUAUAUAUUUUGCAGAGUUGAAUAUAUGGCUUACCCAAGUUCUGAAUGCUUUGUAACAAAAAUGUUUUUCCUUGAAAUGGCAUUCAGUAGUACAUAUGGUACCUAACCAAUGUUUAUUCCAUUUAACUGAGCUAAGUAUUCAUUCUAUAAAUCGCUAUUUCUAUGGAUGUUUUGUGAAUCUUUUAACGUGAGCUGUGGAGAUUAAGGACCAAGUAACUGUGUUAUAUGUUUACAAAGGUAUUUAUUUAACUAAGAUAACAGAGGUGCAGAUAUCAGUAUACAAAACCACCUGAAGAUGCCCUGUUGCUCAGUACAGCAAAACAUGAAAAAUGCGUGUACUGUUGUGACCUUACAAAGAUUAAAUAUUCCUCUCUACUCUCUUCUUGUAAGACAGUCUUUCUAUACGUGCUGUUCAGAGAUUGUUAGAUAUCCCUCUGUUCUGUUGCUGCGCUGAGCGCUAGCUUGGUGCUACUGGAGAAUGUAACUGGAUUGACCAAAUAACCCAGGUUCAGAGGAACUCACCCUAAAAUAGCCAGAGCCAGGUUCAUAGCCAGUUCCGAUUUCUCCCUGGAAAAUUAAUCCCUUCCUUGCUAUGGCAUAUGGGAUGCAUCGACAGAAAUUAAAGCCUGAAGCACAAUAUACUAAUCCAAACUGAUCAUCUGCAUUUCUAAAUAAAAGUGUAUCAGUAUAUAAUCUUAUUGUAUGAGCUGUAAUGUUGAAAGCAUAUUAGCUUAAAACAGCUUAGUUUCUUCUAUGAUUGUUGUAACCAGUUUAUGGCUACUCGGUGGAUGAAUCUAUAUUGUGAUAUCUAUUUGACCCUAAUAAAGUUAUUGCAUACAA